GGUGACUUGGCGGAGGACCUACUGUUGAACACGUUUCGGACGCAUGUUUGACUUGUACGUCCAAUUGAUACGUCCUCAAACUGAUGGCAUUACCAACCAUCUCUCCGUCCGACUGGCACCCUUGUAAAGGAUGCAUCUGCGUGAACCACGCCAUCCCAUCCUACAAAUUCUCCGUUACCGAUGCAGACAGUCCCAUCGCUGAUCAUCCAGAUCUUGGGAAACUCACACGCUCCAACGAUGAACCCAACUCGACUGAAGAGGAAACUCUUCAGAGGAUGGUAUCAGAUUCUGGAAAACGUAUCGAUGCCCUUGAUUCACAGGUGCUGGGGUUGAAGGCGCUGAGACAAGAUCUCGUACAGUCGAUCGCACGCGUCGACAAAGAGCUGGCUGCGCUGGAUAAAGAGCGGCAACGCCUCUCUAAUAGCGUUCGAGAACGAUGCCUUCUUCUCAGCGCUUUGCGUCGCAUGCCCAAAGAAGUCCUUGCUCACAUCUUCCUUCACGCCGUUGUCUUUCCUUUUCCGCGGGUAGAGCCCACGGGGAACCUGUUGUCCUAUGGCGAUUGGUCGGCAUUUUCUGCCAGUAAACAUCCACUCUUAUCGUUUGAACUGGUGUGUCGUAACUGGAAGGACGUCCUUGACACAUUCCCCAACUUGUGGUCUCAUGUCAAUAUCCUCAUCGACCGAAUGCUUUUCAGUACUUACACCCGCUACAUUGGAAACCAGCUGUCUCGCUCUCGACAGUGCCCAGGCUUAUCCAUCUCGAUAUGUCACAGCGAGAACACCUCGGUCACCAGGCUUGGUGCCUUUCCUGUCGCUAUCUCAAUGGCCCUCUUCUCUGUCAGCCAUAGAGUACAAGCCCUCCAUCUUUGCCUCCCUAGCAGAUACUUUGUCUCUAUGCAACAACUCCAUCUAUCUUUCCCCAAUCUACAAGAACUUGUUCUUCUCUCAUCGUCCGAAACUUCAGAGAUUGCCCAGCAUCUCCAUUUUGGUUCACUUCCGCAUUUGCGGGUCUUCCGUGCCACGGACGUCAGUAACAUCGAUAAGCUAUCCCUCCCUUGGCACCAGAUCACUCAUUUUACAAACGUGCAUACCCAGGCAGGACGCGGGCCACCCGCCAAUCGUGCUCUGAAUGUCUUAAAAAGGAUGCCUCGUGUGUCUGUCUGUGAUUUAUCUCUUGACCUCCAAGCUUUGGGGGUUGCGGAGGACAUGACUCUCAGCCAGCUACAUUCACUCAAACUUACAUCUGUAUACCGGCGAGGCUUCGGUUUCCCACCUGUGAUCCCCUUUGUGCUUGACUCCCUCACCCUACCCUCCCUGUCGGAUCUCUCGGUAACUGGCUUGGUCGGCUCCGAAUCCACCUGGCGGGACUUGGCCGCGAACUUUACUUCUAUCCGCCAACUCAUUGAACGUUCUCAUAGUCCCCUUACGUCUCUCUAUUUCAGCAAUGGAGAUAUCAUAAAGGAUGACCUUAUUCAUAUCCUUUCCAACACGCCCACCCUCCAGGAUCUACGACUAAUGAAUUUGAGCGGAGGGAUAACAGAUGAAGUCCUCAACGAUCUCGCUCGUAGAGUCGACACAGAGUCAGACUCUCAGGUCCCGGCGCUCGUCCCACACUUGCACACGCUUCACCUCCGUGGUUCCUUUAAUUUUCAGGCGGAAGUUUAUGUAGGGAUGGUCGAAUCUCGCUGGACGUGCCAUCCGCGCCACCUCAAGUCGGCGCAUAUUUGCCGAUCUUGUCUGUGGGGCAUGAAUAGAGAGGACGAGGAAGCCAAAAUACUGGCUCUUUCCGGACUUGAUGUGCUACGGUCAGAGGGAUUGGAUGUGGCGAUGAGUAUAUAUUAGCCUAGAGCCUAGCCCUGCGACCGAAACUCUCAGACUGGAGGUACUCCAGGUGUAUUAUAUUGUCUGUGAAUAACCGCACUGUAUUUUUACUAUUAGGGUGGAUGUGACCGCGAGAAUUUUAUGAAAUGGAACCAGAGAGAAAAAUAUAUCUACUUGAAUAUGGAGGUGAAAAGGAAUAAUGGGAAAACCGAUCGAAAUACACUCAUAAACCUUGCUUCGUGCAGAAACUCUUUCCAAUAUGAAUUGUUUUCGAUUGAUCAAGUCUCACCUUGAGCUUGAACAUUGAUACAAGAUAAUAAUUUUACAUACAUACACCUCAUAAAAUACUGCCAAGAUAUUAGCUAGCUAUAUGUUUCAUCAAGCAGAGAGUCAUAUAUGCUU